AUCUCAAAAGACUGUUGGCGUAGAACCUGACUAUGAUAAGCAUCUGGCAACGCUAUUUCUUGUUGAUGCAACACAUUUUCGGAAAAACUUAUAAAAUAUCUCUAUAGUUAAGUGAAAACCUGCAAUGCUGGGCCUAAAAUCAGUCUCACAGCUUUUCAAGCAAACCCUGACAGCGGGCAACAUAGCAGCAGUCAACACAGCCGGCCUGAAAUACUUCGCCCCGCCCAUUAAAUAUCAGAAUGUGGAGCAGCCGGAGCGACCCAAGCUGAGGAUCAUGGAGCGCCAGCCGCAGUUGCCGCCGAACAUUCGUCCGCCCAAGAUGCAGAAAAGGCUGCGCUACAUGCGCGGUCCGGAGAAGGUGCACAAUACCCUGCUCCACAAACAGUACGCGAUCGUGGCCACCGGCGGCGGCCGCCUGCGCUGGGGCCACUACGAGAUGAUGCGCCUGACCAUUGGACGGAAGAUGAACGUGGCCACCAUGUUCGCCACCUGGCGCGUUCCGGCUCCUUGGCAGCCGAUUACCAAGAAGGGCCAGGGCCAGCGCAUGGGCGGCGGCAAGGGGGCCAUCGACCACUACGUGACCCCCAUCAAGGCCGGCCGCGUCAUUGUCGAAAUCGCCGGCAAGUGCGAGUUCGUCGAGGUCAAGCAGUUCCUGCAGCAGGUGGCCAACCAGCUGCCCUUCCAGGCCGCCGUCGUCUCCCAGGAAAUGCUCGACGAGCAGCGGGUCGCCGACGAGGAGCACGCCCUCCAAAACGAGAACCCUUUCACCAUGAAGUACGUCAUCCAGAACAACCUCAGCGGCUGCCAUCGGUGGCUCUCACCCGUGGACCACAAGUGGUUUGGCAAACACCUGUAAAUGAACACUUCCCCCGCAAAUAAAGCAAUACCUGUUAAUCUGUUA